AUGUCGAACCCCAGCAAUCAACGUGCUCCUCCUCCAUCUGGCGAUCUCACAUUCCAACCUUGUCGACACCUUCCAAACCACGACUCCGCCACCUCGCCGAACAACAGCGGCGUCAUGGACACCAGCUACCUCGCCCAGCAGGUGGGCACCAUUAUCGGCCAACUCCACGGCCUCUUUGACGAGAUUGGUGUCCCCAAUCACGACCGUGAAACACGUGAAUCAGAGCUCUUCGAGGCUCUGUCGAAAGCCCUCCAUGACCAAGUCCGGCUGGUCACUGCUGAGAAGGAGGAUAUGAUGGAUGAGGCCCAGCGGAUGAUCACGACCAUCCGCCAGAUGGAAGCUUCCCUCGACGACACUCGACGUCGCGAUCACGACGACGAAGACUUGCAAAUUACCUACCCGCUGACUCGCUGCCUGCAGCACCUCAAGGAGAGACACGUUCAGAUCGGCAGGCUGCACAAGGAGCGGUUCGAGCAAGUCAAGAAACUUGUUCAGGCCCUCGAAUCCUACUCUUCCCACCUCGAACCUACCUUUGUCAAGAUCGCUCUGCCGCCCACGGCGCCGAACCAAUCGGUUCCUCCGUCCUUUGAUCUCUCUCCGACGUACGUCGACAAGCUCGACAAUGAAUUCACCCGCGUCUACGAGGAAUACACGCGUCGGGUAGCCAACGUCAAGUCCCUCUGCGAGCACAUGAUCCAAUUAUGGGCCGAGCUCGGCACGCCCCAGGCGCAGACCGACGGCGCCAUUGUCAAGUACUACCGCGACUCGCCCGAGCAGCUGGGUCUGCACGAAGAGGACGUCAACCGGCUGCGCCAGAAGCGCGACAAGCUUGCCGACGAGAAGAAGAACCGCGAGAAGCACCUCGUCAGCCUGAGAGCAGCGGUCGAGGCGCUCUGGGAGAAGCUUGGCGUCGACAGCGGCGAGCGCAAGUCGUUCCUCAACGCGAACCGCGGUUGUGGCCUGCGCCAGAUCAAUGAGUUUGAGGAUGAGCUCGCACGGCUGAACGAGCUCAAGCGGCAGAAUCUGCAUCUGUUUCGGCCACGACCAGAGACACGGGCAGAAGGCCGACCGACGGGGCCGGGAGGCACAAUGCGCAACGGCGCGCCGAUGCGUGCGCCGCCACCCAAGAUGCGCGAGCUCGUGCACGUGCCGGAGCUCCAGACGCCGGUCAACCCGUACAAGUCGGCGGGCCUCGGCUCUAGCAUCAUCCGCCAGGCCGAGCUCGAAGAUGUGUACGAGGACCCGCAGCCGCAGCCGGCGGCCGAGAGGAUAACGCGGUCCAACUCGACGCUCUCGCACCAGUCGCAUCAGUCUCAUCAGUCUCAUCAGUCGCACCAGUCGCACCACUCCCACCAGUCUCAUUCACAGUACGAAUACGGCUCGAUGCGAGGGGCGCCGGCCGUCAUGGCGUACCCGCAGGCCCCACCGCCGCGGCAGAUCUCCAACUCGUCCAACGGGUCGAGCAACGUGACGGGGUCGGAGAACUGGGAGACGUACGACGACAACAGCGAGCCCGAGGCGGACGCGUCGGACACGUACUACGCCAAGGUGCGCGCGGCACGGGGCAAGCGCAUGGAGCCCGAGGCGGCGGGCUACCGGCCCAACGCCAGCCAGACGAAGCGGCUGCGGGCGAUCCCGGCGCAGCAUGCGGGACAUGCCUACAUGGACGAGGGAGGCGAGCGCAUCGUGUCCAACGCCAGCGGGUGGACGGACGAAGAAGCGUACUGA